ACCACUGUAAACAGUUGGAAGCUACAUCGCCCUCGUCUGUUGUGACCCAAUAUCUUUAACAAUCGUGGGAGAAAGUGACUUUAGGUGAAAUUUUAUGUCACGCGGAGAAACCGACGCUAGUGUGUGGGACUUCAGUGAAAAGAUAAGCUUUAGAGCAGUGAAGACUUUUGACGUUGUCUAAGGCAUCAAAGCAGAGCCACUUCACAUGUGAAGAUGAAGAUUGAUGUCUCCUAUGAGAAGUUGGCGGAUGUCAGGCGGAGGCGGCCGGAUUUGGACGACAAAUCUCAAAUGACCUCCUGUUGUCUGGUGGCAGUGGCUGCCACCGCCUCUUUGCUCCUCGCCGCCAUGGGGCUCUACAACCUGCUAGCACCUGCCGCUUCCACUGCGCCGCCGAUAAUCGGCGCUGAUCUGCAACUUGGCUUGGAGUCCUGCUCGGACCCGUGCAAGAUCUCCCUCGUGGAGAGCAUCCCCGAGGGCGUGCGGUUCAACUCCAGCGACCCGUCUCACGGUUCCACUUACGAAGCAUGGCUGCAGCUGAUGGCCCAGGCCCGCACAAGUAUAGACAUCGCCUCCUUCUACUGGACGCUCACCAACCAAGACACGGGCACCCACGAGCCCACCGCAGAUCAGGGUGAGAACGUUCUGAAGAACCUGGCCGAGCUGUCGGGCGCCUUGUCAGUCCGCAUCGCCGUCAGCGCGCCACAAGGAAGUCAGCCGACCGCAGACCUCAAACGGCUUAAUGCUUCAGGGGCCGACAUCAGGAUGGUUAAGAUGAGAGAGCUGACCUCGGGGGUUCUGCACACCAAAUUCUGGCUGGUAGACAAGAAACACAUUUACAUCGGAAGCGCCAACAUGGACUGGAGAUCCCUCACGCAGGUAAAGGAGUUGGGCGUGGUCGUGUACAACUGCAGCUGUCUGGCCUCAGACUUGGGAAAGAUCUUCGAGGCUUACUGGUUCUUGGGGGAGAGCCAGUCCAUCCCGUCACCUUGGCCCUCCAGCUUCUCCACCGUCUACAACAAAGAAACGCCACUUCAGCUGACCCUUAACAACACUCUCUCCAGCGUCUACUUGACAAGUUCCCCUCUGUCCUUCUGCGCCGCCGGUAGGACGUCUGACCUGGAGUCCAUCUUAAACGUGAUGGAGGACGCCAAGAGUUUCGUCUACAUCGCCGUCAUGAACUACAUGCCCGCCAUGGAGUUCUCACAUCCCAGAAGGUACUGGGCGGACAUUGACACCCAGCUGCGUCGGGUGGCCUACGAGAAGCACGUGCAAAUGCGCCUGCUGAUCAGCUGCUGGUCGAAUACACCGCCCGCCAUGUUCCCCUUCCUCAAAUCGCUGGCGUCACUCUAUGACCCAAAGGCCAAGCUGGAUAUCCAGGUGCGACUCUUCGUGGUUCCCUCCAGCGCCGAGCAGAAGCAGAUCCCCUUCGCCAGGGUGAACCACAACAAGUACAUGGUGACAGACCAGGUCGCUUACAUCGGUACAUCCAACUGGUCGGGCGACUACUUUGUGAACACUGCAGGCUCUGCCAUAGUGGUCAACCAGACGGCAUCGUCGUCCCUGGAGCCCAGCGUUCAAUCACAGCUGAGGAAUGUUUUUGAGAGAGAUUGGAACUCCGGCUACAGCGUCCCCCUCACGCAGCACACCGACAUCAAAGAUGUCUGUUAGUCCGCAUGUUACAAAGUAGUGCAGGUACUUUUUUGAAGAGCCCAUACUCCGGGGUGGAGGAACAUUUUCAACACUAGGAAAGCGGCUUUCGACGAUCCUUUUUACGAACAUUUUAAAGAUUUGAUUCAACACUGAUGUCACCAUUAAGACAUCCUUCAUCAUAGCUAAUCUCAGGGAGAAGCUUGAGAUGUUUUUUAUUUUAUUUUCUGGAGUUUGCCGUGUGUAUGUAAAUGGAUGCGAUCACUAAUUAAAAUAAUUGAAAGGAA